UUGAGUUCACUUCCAAGAAAACUCACAAUUCACAAACCACACAUCAUACGUAUAUAUGCCACUUAUAAACAUAUAAUGAGAAUCAGCUGCAAUGGGUGUAGAGUCCUACGCAAAGGCUGCAACCAAGAUUGCACCAUAAGACCAUGCCUUCAAUGGAUCAAAUCCGCAGACUCUCAAGCCAAUGCCACACUCUUCCUCGCCAAGUUCUACGGCCGAGCCGGUCUCCUUAACCUCAUCGAAUCCGGUCCUGACCACCUUCGUCCCGCAAUAUUUAGGUCAUUGCUAUAUGAGGCGUGUGGUCGGAUCGUGAACCCUGUGGACGGUUCGGUGGGUUUGAUGUGGUCCGGAAACUGGGCUCAGUGCCAAGCCGCCGUUGAAUCUGUGCUCAACGGCUUGCCCAUCACUCACACGCCACUUCCCAGUGCAUCCGCGUCGCACCAGAUCAUUCCUCCUCACAGAACUUACGACAUACGCCACGUGGUGAAAGAUCCAACAACCGGCGGCGACAGUUCGGAGAGCCUGUCCCUGGCCCCACGUGUUAAUGGUAACAAGACCAAGACACAAACUGGCCGGUUCAAACGGAUCGCUGAGACAGUGAGUUAUCAAACAGGCGAAUGCAGUCAUGACGCGUGGCAACUCGGGAGUUCUGGUGCGACGCAUGGCUAUGGUCAGUUGGCGUUGGAGAAUGUGGAGAGUCCAAGGGAAGCUCCAUUAAAUCAAAGUUCGAAUCUUGGGUUUGAUGAUCAAGUCGAUACCAACGAGGUUGGCUUAGAGCUCAGGCUUGGAUAGAAGCUAUGACAAGGACAAAAAUUAGAUAGCAUUACUAUCAUAAAUAUCUUUUAAAUUAAUAAUUUUACUUUCUGUUUAAAAGGAGGAAAAAAAUGAAAUCCAAAUCAAACUUGGUCUACUGGCUUAUGUAUAUAAAAUUUGGUAUUAA